UCGGACGCCAAACGUGUGUAAGGACCGAGAGGAGUUCGGUGUUUGGCGGAGCGGGUUUGAGGGUUAAAGCGGCUGUCUGUCCUCUCAGGUCGGUACCUGUGACAGGUGAUAUGGGAAAAUCUUAUCACUUCUUACAGAAAUACAAACCUGCAAACGCUGGAGUUAAAAGCAAACAGCGGUGACUCGAUACACACCUCCUCUGAGUAUGUAGCAUCAUAUUGUGCUUUUGUUACAAACCGUUUGCCGGCUCUAAAGGUUGUAUUUUGAUUUAACAAAUGGUAAACAUCAUUCAUCAGCAGGUGAUUUAAUACACAGUUUGUGCGACCAUGUCGGCUGACAUAACUUUAUAUGAGCUGUUGAACGCGUCCAUCGGCAGCCCUGAAGCCGGAGCGGUGAACUUUACUGCGCUGCGGGCGCUGUUACACGCUCUCCUGCGGCACCUCAACAUCCAGAGCCUGACCGCUCCGUGGAAGGAAGCGGACGCUGACCAAGAUGCCCAGUCGUCAAGAUCAGGCUGGAAAAACUUAGCGCAGGACAGACCGAACAUGUUUCAGUGCAUGGAGGAUAAACUGAGCCACAUUGAGCGGCAGAUAGCCGCGCUGGAGCGACUGCCGAGCGGCGCAGAGCUGCUGAGCCACACCGCCACUGGAACCAGCAAAACUCCAGUCAACGACAUGUGGCAGCUCAUACAGCUCCGGGCAAAAGUGGAGGCCAGCGAGGACGGAGUGGCCAAGUGUAUGAAUCUUAUACAAGACUUGAUGGGGGAGAUUCAUGAGCUUCAGGAAGUAAAGUGCAACCUGAAGAAUGAAGUGGAGACCCUUCAAAAUCAACUCAAACAGAUGGAUGUGGAUCAGAUGGCAAAUAAAGUAAAUUUUCUGGAGCAAUACUUUCACCAGGUGGAGGAACUUAAGACUGCCAUGACCGAGCUGAAGGAGAAAGUGGCACCAUACCCUCAGCCUGAAGAGUUUUCUGGGUGCGUCACGUGGGAAGUCAUGCAAGCCGCUCUUGUCAAUGAAAGACAAAACAUAAAAAAGGAAGUGGAGGACAGGAUCACACAAUCCUUAGAUAUCAAUUCAGAAAGCAACGUCCCUUUGAAUACAAGAGACUCUUCAACAGCUGAUCCACUUUGCAUGGCAGACUCUCAAGAGGGCUUUUUGCCACAGCAUGGUCCCCAGAGCUCUGUAUCGGAUGGAGCUCUUCCUCUGCUGGCUGGCCGGGGUCUUUCCUGGAUCAGCAGGGGGGCAGAACGCUACCCAGAGACAGUGGAGGCUCUAAGGGACAUGGGAAAACUGCAGGAGAAGCAUGAAAGUCUGGAGGCCCGUGUGGAGCUCCUGGAGGGAAGAAAGGCGGACGUGGAUGAAGUGCACCGGCUUGGCAACUUGCUGACUGUUUUGGAAGAGAGGGAUGACCCUAAAAAUGUCCUGGAAGAAGUGAAUCGUCUAAAGACUUUAGUGGACACGGAAAUGGCAAAUAUAAAGAAGGUAUCCGAGUUGGAACAUUUGGUCAUGGACUUAGUGAAGAUGUCAGAAAGUGCAGAAUUAGAUGAUGAACUAGCUGAGUCUAAGUCAACAAGCAAACAGGAUAAAGACAGCAUCAGUAGGCAAAAGCAGAAGGACCAGCUCCACCUGCAGCUAGCUUACCUCAGGAAUGCUGUUCAGAAGCUGAAUGAGGAGAUGCAAAAUCUGAAGGAAGAAUUUAAAUCUCUGAGCUUGGAACAGAAGAGCAGUUCUGAAAAGCAGAUCCAGGAUCAGCUGGACUGUCUCCGGUCCAUGCUGGAAGGCAUGAUAGGAUCAUCCUCUAUGCCAUCAAUGAGCAGGCAACAAGAGUCAGCUGAGCUAGCUCAGGGUCAUGUAGAUCAGACUGGUCAGGAUGAAGGUCAGGAAUGCCCAGCAGUUCUAGCUGGUCAGAAAGGUCAUGUUGGGCAGACAUGCCCCUCUAAUAUGGUAGAUAUGGUGGACCAGCGGAGUGAACACUAUGAAGAUCAGCAGAGCAUGGUCACUGCUUUUAUAACAAAGCAGACUAUUGCCAGGACAGUCCAAAGCACUGACAUAAACUCCAAGUUAACAACCGAUGUGCAGGAUACCAUCUUGCAGCUCCAGGCAAAGUGUGAGAACCUGCAUGGCAUAGCUACCCACCUGAUGGAUGAUCAGAACCAGAAACAGAGUCACAUUGAGCACCUGUACAAGGCUGUAGAGAAGCUGGAUGAGAAGAAGGCAGACAGGGAGGUGGUGGAAAUGGAAAUAAGCAUUAAAGCAGACAAGCAGGCACUAGAGACCAAGGUGAGCUGCAACCAGUUCGAUACCCUGACAGACCAACUAAAUGGAAUGUUCCAGGAGCUCCUUAGCAAGAUCACAGGCCAAGAGCAGGACUGGCAUAAAGUCAUAGAGAGGAUCUCCACAGAGAUGGACUGCAAGCUGAACCGCAUCGAGCUGGAUCCUCUAAAGAAGCAGCUGGAGGAUCGCUGGAGGAGCAUUCACAAGCAACUACAAGCCCAACCCGCCCCUGAACACAAUGAUGCUGCUGGGUUUAGAAAACAGCUUGUGGCAAGGUUUCACUGCAUCUCCUGUAACCGUCCCAUUGACAUGAUAACUCCAGGACCAAACUUGCUACUGGUGCCUUCACCUCCUCGAUUACCGUCUCACAAGUCCAACAGGCCUUACACGACCUAUGAGCUGGAUCAAGUUCGUCAGUACAGCCGGAGUGAGCGGAUCCCAGAGAUGGCCAAUUAUAGUGACCUGGCCAUGUCGCGCAACUGUGGUGGCAGUCAUACCGCCGCCUAUGCCAAUCGACGCUAUAACAAUUCAAAACACAUCACCCAUCUGAUCCCAGCUGAGGAAAACAGCCUGGAAAUGCCUAUCUCUACUUUGCAAAUUCAGCCUGAAGAGGUGGACAUUCUGGGUCUGGAUGGACACAUCUACAAGGGACGAGUUAACAACAGGGCCUUAAAGACCAAGGAAUCCAGACUGCCCAUUAUCUCCUCCAAAGAAGGCAGGACCUCCAUAUCUCCAAUAUAAGCACCAUAUAGACUAACCCUUUCAUGAUCUGAUAGCCAGCACUUAAAUUCAGUCUGUCAGCUGCAGGCGAGUGUUAUUAUAUUUAUAAUUUACAACAUCCUUGUUGGGCUUGUGAUUUUUUUUAUUUUGUAUUUUCCCCUUAUUUUCUCUCAAUCUAGUCAUGUCCAAUUCCAAAGUGAAAUUCAUGUGACCCUGACCAUGCCUGACCAGCCCUGGAUGCCACCCCAGCGGUAGUAGGCUAGGAUAAUUUAUCGCUGUGCAAAACAGAUAAAUUAAAAUGACCAAAGAAAGCACACAUACUGCAUAUUCUUUUCAAGCAAUUUUAUUUGUGGAAAAAACACCUUCAUAUUGGCACCCUCUAUUAACAGCUAGCUUUUUUUAUUUAAACAUUUGAUUCUUCAAAGUUUACAGAAGUUGAAACAGCUUCGAGCAGACAAAAAUGAUUCCUCACACCUUACUUUUGCACAUGCCCAACUUGUUUUAUUUUUCCAAUAUGUUAAAUUUAGCAAAUAAACAGUAAUUGUGCAUUAAAA